GGGCAACGCGGAAUCCCAACCAACGACUAUCUAUACCAAACCGCUUCUCGAUUAUCUGUGGAAGAGGAGCAGCGCGGAAGAGACUCCAUCACGAGGUGAAAGGGAGUCAACCUGUGAUGCGCUACUCUUAUUGGACGCUACUGACCGAGAGGAGAGUGUCAUUCUUCCUCAUUUCACCGGCCAAUCUUUAAUGCGAUAAGAAACAACGACGACUAGACGGAAUCGACCAAAAAAACACGAGAAAAUAAUUAAAACCUGUUUUUGUUUUUUCUUAUAUAGUUGUUAAACAUCCAUGUCGUUUUUUUUUUCUUCCUACCUUCUCUCCCGAUUCCAGUUCACCAAGAGGCUCUAUCCUGUAGCACGUGUUAUAACUUGGAUAAAGUGCUCGUAGGAACGCCCAAUUCCGGAUUGGCUCAUCACCCAGGCAUAUAUAAGGCGACGCAGUGGACACGGUUCAAUCGUCACAAUAGUUUCAGACUUUCUUAACCCAACACAUCCAGAAUGAAGAUCUCGGUAUUUGUUGUCGUCCUCCUGGCCAUCGCAUCCGUCGCAGGCGACACCCAGCGAUCCCAGCAGCGUCCUAACACUUAUCCUUCCAUCAGGAUUUACCAUCCGGAAUACAAGAUUCCCAUCGCCAGGCCGUACUCGACCAUUAAAAGAGAAUCUCCGGCUUCUCCUCCGGUUGUCAUUACUCCAUCCAGGAAAUUCCAGGAGGUCAAAGAAGAAGAAGAAGAAGAAGUCAGAGAGGAGGUCGCCAAACCAGUGAUCAAACGUCAGGCCCGGCCAUCCGUGGUGAAAGUUGAGCAGAAAGAAGAGGUUAAACGAGUAGAGAUCAAACGAGAAGAGCCCAAGAGAUCGACUAGCCCAGUAACCAGGUCGAUUGCAGGAGCCAAGAGCGCCCGUUCCUAUUCCUAUGGUUACGUCAUCAAGGAUCAAGACUCGUUCAAUGACUUUGAGCAACAAGAGAAACGCGACGGCGAUGUGGUGACCGGAUCCUACCGAGUAAGUUUACCCGAUGGCCGCACUCAACUUGUCAAUUACAGAUCGUCUCCGGAUACUGGCAACGUCAUGAAAGUCAGUUACGAAGGUGAGGCCAGGUUCCCGGAUUUCACCCCGGUGGUCAAAGAGAAGAGAACACCAAUUGCGUCCAUCAAUCCCGCUCUGAGGACCAGCCAAGGUGUCAAAAUUAACCGACAGACAAUCAAAACCGAGCCGAAGGAAUCGCUCAAAACCAACAAACAAGAAGUCGUUAAAACAAACAGCAAAAAAGUGGAGGAGGUCAAUAAAGUAAACCGAGAAGUAAAAGCGGUUUACACUCGUCCUAACCCUUCACCACCUCCAGCCAGGGCCAUUGAACUUCCUGUCAAAUAUUCCGCUCAAUAUAAAACCGGUCCUCCGGCUCCGUCCAAAGCUCGAUCCGUCGAAUCUUUCCUUCCGGCUGAAUCCCUCCCCACUCCGGAACGUUUGGUUGCUACUCCGGAACGACUGGUUGCUACCACUGAAUCUCCAUCGGCUCCUGAUGAAUCCUUGCUCAGUAUCAUCUCCGAAAAACUCCCAAAUCCUGAAAAAUUCAACGCUCCACCCCGUGCCAGGAUCGUUGAAUUUCCCAAUCCGGCUGUUGAGGCCAGACCAGCAGCUCCCGAGGAGUUCUCUCCUAUCGAUGUUGACUUCAACGACGUCUUUGAAUUGGACGGACCCUUACCUAUCCCAGCUGCCUUCCGUAACCGACGCCGUGUCGCUAAUCCGCGAGUUGUCACCCGCCGGAUUGUCAAUCCCAGCACACGUCGAGAGGCGGAAAGAUGGUGGUAAACCUACUGCGCUACUAAACUUUGGAUCUUUUUUUUUUAAAACCCGAAUAACUUAUGCAUAUACAGAUUUUAAGCUUUUUAUUACUAUAUUAGCCAUUCGUUACACUCGCCCAAUUUUCUCCCCCCUUCUCUGUGCGUUGACGCACUGGUCUGUUUGGCAUCGAGAAAUUGUUAUUUCGUUCAAUUGUUUUAUUGUCCCCUUUUUUACUGUUAUCAAGUAGAGCUUGACAAAUCAUUUGUGAAACAACACAUAAUUCGGAUUGUGCUGCUCUGCUUAUGUGUAGCGUUGCAAAAUGCAAAUCUAGUUUGGCCAAUA